GAGCUCCCUGAUUGGUGGAAGGAGCCCUCUCAGAGUGACUCGCUGACUAGGAAACAGGAAGAGGAGGUCGUGGCCGCAGACUCAGACCCCGCCAUGCAGAGGGAAGAGAAACAACUUGAGGCAUCAUUAGAUGCAUUGCUGAGUCAAGUGGCUGAUCUGAAGAACUCACUGGGGAGUUUCAUUUACAAGUUGGAGAACGAGUAUGACCGGUUGACCUGGCCCUCUGUCCUGGACAGCUUUGCCUUGCUCUCUGGACAGUUGAACACUCUGAACAAGGUCUUGAAGCAUGAAAAGACACCAUUGUUCCGGAACCAGGUCAUCAUCCCUCUGGUGUUGUCGCCAGACCGUGAUGAAGAUCUCAUGCGGCAGACUGAAGGACGAGUACCUGUUUUCAGUCAUGAGGUGGUCCCUGACCAUCUGAGAACCAAGCCUGACCCUGAGGUGGAAGAGCAAGAGAAACAGCUGACAACAGAUGCUGCCCGCAUCGGCGCUGAUGUGGCUCAGAAGCAGAUCCAGAGUUUGAAUAAAAUGUGCUCAAACCUUCUGGAGAAAAUCAGCAAAGAGGAACGAGAGUCAGAGAGUGGAGGUCUCCGGCCAAACAAGCAGACCUUUAACCCUGCAGACACCAAUGCCUUGGUGGCAGCUGUUGCCUUUGGAAAAGGACUGUCUAAUUGGAGACCUUCGGGCAGCAGUGGACCUGGCCAGCCAGGCCAGCCAGGAACUGGAACAAUCCUUGCGGGAUCCUCAGGAUUACAGCAGGUGCAGAUGACAGGUGCUCCAAGCCAGCAGCAGUCAAUGCUCAGUGGGGUGCAAAUGGCCCAAGCAGGUCAACCAGGGAAAAUGCCAGGUGGAAUAAAAACCAACAUCAAGUCAGCUUCAAUGCAUCCCUACCAGCGGUGAAGGAGGCCAGCAACCUCUGCUGCCAGGUGAUCUUUGCAGAGUUGAGCAGUGAAAUCGCCUUUUGCCCAAAGCUGACCUAGAUGAGUAGGAUAAAAGAACAUGGGCUUUCAGCAGCCAUAUUUUCAGAUAAAUCCCAGCUCCACCACUGACUAGCUAUAUGACCUUGCAAGUGACCUAAUUUUUCUAAGCCUAUUUCCUUAUUUGUAAACGGUGAUAAUACCUACCUCUUAGCGUUGUUAUGAGGAUUAAAAUGAGAAAAUAAAUUUAAAACACUAAGCACCAUGUAUGAAAUAAUUGGUAUUCAAUAAAUGAUAGUUUCUA